AUGAUGUGGCCACGAGCAUCUCUCAUUGCAAGUGCCUUUUUUGGCCUUUUAUUCGCCUCUGCAGAUGGCCGGUGCGGUAGCAUUGAUGUCUCCGCGCCGACGUCUGCUCCCCACGAUGCCUCCAAGCCGGUCGACCACGCCUUUGCCUCCUUUUCUCUGCCGGCGCACUUCUUUGCCGACUUUACCGGCAACAAGAGCCACCCCAACCUCUUCUCCCGCGACAUAUUCGAUCUUCUGCACAAGAAGACGGGGGCGCACCCAUAUGUGCGUGUAGGGGGCACCUCAACCGACCGCGUAGUAUACAACGCCUCGCAGGAACAGGCCGUCCUCCUCUCCGAUAAGUCAGAAAACGGCAUCCCCGCCGAAGUUCUCGUCGGCCCGUCCUGGUUCGAGGGCUUCGCCAACUUCCCCGGCUCGCUGUGGAACUUCCAGGCCAACCUGGGGCUCAACGCGUCGACCUCGCUUGACAACACCAUCGAGGUGUGCCGGCUCGUCGUGCGGGCUCUGCGGCGCGACCUAAUCGCCUUGGAGAUUGGCAACGAGCCGGACUUGUACCCGACGAGGGUGCGGCCGGCCAACUACACCGUCGUGGACUACGUGCGCGAGUGGAACCGCUACGCAGACGCCAUCUCGAGGCGGGUGCUCCGGGGGAACGGAUAUGGGCUGGAGGAGUGGAGGUUUUUCCAGGGCCUCGUGUAUGCCAACGAGACGCUUGGGACGUUUUCGACUCAAGCAGCCUUUGAUGCGGGCGUGGACAAGACGCGGCACAUCAAAUCCGUGUCUCUUCACCACUACACGGCUGGCAACCAGGAAUGGGUUCGACUACAAAACACCUUCAUGAACCACACCGCCGUGCAGCGAAGCCUAGGCGUGUUCCGCCGCGACAUUGACUUCCUCAAGAACUACGAUCCCAGCAUCACGUUUCUCCUCGGCGAGACCAACAGCGACUACAUGAACCUCAACAUGGCCCAGGUCGAGGGCGUGUUUGGCAGCGCGCUCUGGCUCAUCGACUAUCUCCUCUACGGCAUGACCAUGAACAUUGCGCGCUUCAACCUCAUCCAGGGCGUGACGUUUGGCUACACCGGCUGGGUGCCCGUCCCCUACGCGGGUCGCGAUCCCUACGUCCGGCCCCCGCUCUACGGCCAGAUCGUCGUCGCCGACGCCAUCGGCCGCGCGCCCACCAAAGUGCAGGUCAAGGAGAUUGACCUCGAGCGCUGGGACGUGUCUGCGUACGCCGUGUACGAAGCCCGCAGGUUGGCCAAGUACGUGCUCAUCAACCUGGACGAGUGGAACGUCACGACGCCGCAUGCCCGCCCAUCGCAGAAGCUCUCGCUGAGCGUGCCAGACGAGGUGAGGCGCGCGAGCGUGACGAGACUAACUGGCGAUGGGGCGAGCGCCGACGAGGGCAUCGCCUGGGGGGGCGUGAGCUGGAACUAUACGGACGGAAGGCUUGCGCAGACGGGGCGGGAGGGGAUCGAGACGGUCAGGGUGAAGGAUGGCAAGGUCAAGGUCGAGCUGCAGUCAAGUGAGGCUGUCUUGGUGACUUUGCACGGAUGA